AGAUCUGAGCUCCAAAGAUGGCAGCAUCCGGAUUCCCUCAGACCCCCCACCUCAAUGAAACGCAAACCAACCACUCGCUGGAACAUGCCGUGUCUGUGCACCCGACUCCCAGCAUGCAGCUGGGCACCAUGUCCAACCCGCAGUCCCGUCUUCGUGACGCCAUGGGUCUGGCGGCCAUGGUGACGCUGAACGCCGUGGCUCUGUUGGCAAACCUGGCCGUGCUGAUUGUGGUGCUGAAGGCGGCACAUCUGAGGAAGUAUAGCUUCGUGUGGCACCUGUGCGGUGUGGAUGUGCUGUGCGCAGCCCUCCUCAUGCCCCUUGCCAUAGUAUGCGGCUCGCCCAUCUUCGCCGGGGUCAUCUUUACGCCACUAGAGUGUCGCCUGUACAUCUUCCUCAAUGCCUUUCUGAUCUCUGCCUGCAUCUUCACGGUGACGGCGAUCAGUGUCGAGCGCUACUACUACAUAGUGCACCCAAUGCGCUACGAGGCCAAAAUGACACCCCGCAUUGCUGCUGCGGUCAUGGCGUUGGUCUGGUUGGCGUCUGCCGUCCUUGGAUUGGCCACUGUGUUUGGAUGGCCCAGUUAUCGCCACCACAGUGCCAUCGCUGCUGCACACUGCUCACUUCACUGGAGCCACAGCGGGCACAGGCGUGUUUUCUCCAUCAUUUUCUGUGUGCUUUGCUUUUGCGUCCCUGCUGCCAUCAUCCUAGCCGUGUAUGCUAAUGUCUACAAGGUAGCGCACAUGGCCGCCCGACACAGGGGUCCGCUGCCUAGCUGGGUGCCCGCAACACCUCGUCCAAAACACCGCUCUGACUCCGUCAACAGCCAAACCACCAUCAUCACCAGAAGCUCAAGUGCCAGGAGAGGGACAGGGACACACGCACCUCGCAGGCCACGCCGGACACUGGUGGGCGGUAAAGCAGCACUUACACUAGCUGUCAUCGUGGGCCAGUUUGUCCUCUGUUGGCUGCCAUACUUUGCCUUCCAUUUGCACUUGUCUCUGACCGUUGCCCACAGCUCGGCCGACGAGGCAGAAGGCCCUGUCACGUGGCUUGCGUACUCUUCAUUCGCUGCAAACCCCUUUUUCUAUGGCCUACUCAACCGCCAGAUCCGUGAGGAAGUGUGUAAAACGAUGUGCUGCUGCUGCCGCUCGCCCAGCAGACCCGCGAGAGCCCCAGCAUCUGGGCACGAUGCCUCGGCACAUGAAGACUUCCUGCAAUUCCUGAAGCGCAGCAGUUCGAUGGAAGCCACGCGCAGCAGCUACAACACGGGAACUCCCAGAAAUACACUGGACCAAGCCGGGUUCAGGAUACCAGGACAGAUCCCCGAGGAACUCACCUAGGCUGCUGUUAGAGGGCAGCCAAUUCUGGAACUUUCAAUUUGGCUCCAAAUCUGGAAAGUUCAAACUGGAUCCUGAUAUGGAA